UCUUGAAUAAAUGCAUUUUAAUUGAUUAAUUAACAGUUUGAUUCAUUUAUUUCGCUUCUCAAAAGUUUAUUGUAAUUUAUGAAAGCAAACCAAUUGAAUGUGCACCACACAAAAAAUACGAUUCUAUUUUGUCAUAAGUCAACUAACUAACUACUAAAGACAGGCAAAUGUCAUGUACAUAUGGAUGUAUGUCUUCCGAAUAAAACCGCAAUUGUGUACCAGCAGCGGCGCGAAAAUUAGUUUGCAUGGCUCUGAGAUAUAGUGUCAGGCAUAUUGCUGCUUCGUGAAUUGUUGAAUUAGCGCUCAAAUCAAAUUGAAUCAAAAUUAAAUGUUUAAAUACAUAUUUACAUUGGUUUGCUUACAUAUGUACAAUAAACACAACCUGCCUCAGUCAAGUGUCAGUCGUGCUGACAUCGAGCAUCAUGUUCCGCUUUGUUCUAUCACUGAUGUUCAGUUGAGGUUCCUUGUUCCAGACGACUUAACUGAGGUGAGAACAUUGUGCCAAGAUUGGUUUCCCAUUGAUUAUCCACUGUCAUGGUACGAAGAUAUUACUUCGAGUUCGCGGUUUUUCGCACUUGCAGCUGUUUACAAUCUGACGAUUAUUGGAUUAAUAGUAGCUGAAAUUAAACCAUACAAAAAUCUAAACAAAGAGGAUAAAGGGAUUCUACCCGAUUCGAUGGGUCGUAAUGCUGAUAUCGGGUAUAUACUAUCAUUAGGGGUGCAUCGGAAGCAUCGUCGGAACGGAAUUGGCUCAUUAUUAUUGGACUCGUUGUUGAAUCACUUGACGACCGCCGAACGACAUUCGGUGAAAGCAAUUUUUCUACACGUGCUAACCACAAACCAACCUGCCAUACUAUUUUAUGAAAAACGAAGAUUUCACCUGCAUUCUUUCCUUCCAUACUAUUACAAUAUACGAGGGAAAGGGAAAGAUGGUUUUACUUAUGUCACUUACAUCAAUGGAGGUCAUCAGCCAUGGACAUUAUUAGACCAUUUCAAGCAUUACGCAUCGAAGCUUCGGCACGCUGGUGUAGUUUUCACAUGGAUUUCGGCGCGCUUGAGGCAAGUUGUGCGUUGGAUUUGCCAUAAAACAGUGUCACGUUUUAAUUUUGCACAUUAAGUACAUCAACGUUUUUCCCAGUAAGCCCACUGUUGCACCGCGUUGUAUAUACGAGGAAAAGAUGAAAAUCCAAAUCUGUAGAUAAAUAAGAACAUGUAGUAUGGUGCUAGAGAAAUAGCAAAUAGGAGAAGAGUAACAUAUGUCUUUAGUUAUUCAAUAUUAAUGAUAU